AUGGCCCACUACGGAGGCGGCGGCGGCGGUAGGGGCCCGCGAGGCCCCAGGGGCGGCCCGCACUGGAACCGGUACCGGGCCCCGGGACUUCUCCACGCCAACGGCAGGAUGUGGCGGGCCCAGGGCUGCCUGGGCAAAGGGUCGUCGGCCGCCGUCUACCGGGUGGCCUCGGGGCCGGCCCGGGCCGCGGUCAAACAGUUCGUGCUGGACACCAAGUGCGACUACGGCUUCCUGACCGAGAGUCAGGUCCUGGAGGACCUGCAGGGCCACAGGAACAUCGUGACUCUGUAUGGGACAUAUUCUCAUGUGCCCUUCAUGAAUGUGCGUUCCAACUGCCUUUUGCUGGAAUUGUUGGAUGUCAGUGUCUCUGACCUACUGCUGCACUCCAUUAAUCGAGGCCAUUCAAUGUGGAUGAUCCAGCACUGUGCCCGGGAUGUUCUGGAAGCGUUAGCCUUCAUCCACCGGGAGGGUUAUGUACACGCUGACCUGAAACCGUGCAAUGUCCUCUGGAGUGCUGAGGAUGAAUGCUUUAAGCUCAUUGACUUUGGGCUUAGUUUUCAAGAAGGAAAUCAGGAUGUAAAAUAUAUUCAGACAGAUGGUUACAGGGCUCCAGAAGCAGAAUUGCACAACAUCCUAGCACAGAUGGGAGUGGAAAGUAACGUAGAAUGUACUACGGCAGUUGAUCUGUGGAGUCUUGGAAUUGUUUUACUGGAAAUGUUUUCAGGAAUUAAACUGAAGGAAACUGUCAAAUCUCCACAGUGGAAGGCAAACAGCUCCACGAUCAUCGAUUGUAUCUUUGCAAGUAAAGAUGUGGUUUACUCAGCCAUCCCUGUUUAUCAUCUCAGAGAUCUUAUCAAAAGUAUGCUUCUUGAUGAUCCAGCACAUCGAACCACUGCAGAACAUGCUUUGUGCAGCCCUUUAUUUAGUAUUCCUUUUGCACCUCAUAUUGAAGAUUUGGUGUUGUUGCCUACCCCAGUUUUGAGACUGCUCAAUGUUAUUGAUGACAGCUAUCUUCAGAGUGAAGAAGAGUAUGAAGAUGUCGUGGAAGAUGUGAGGGAAGAGUGUCAGAAGUUUGGACGAGUUCUGUCUCUGCUUGUCCCAAAGGAAAAUCCUGGUAAAGGCCAGGUUUUUGUUGAAUAUGGAAAUGCUAUUGACUGCAAAGUAGCCCAGCAGAUGCUGACUGGAAGAAUGUUUGAUGGCAAGUUUGUUGUGGCAACAUUCUACCCACUGAGUGCCUAUAAGAGAGGAUACCUAUACCACACUGUAGUUACUGACAACUAGAUCACAGCUGAGCUAGGCGACUUUUACAUUACCCAAGGCCCUUUUAAAAUAUUCCUCACCAUUGUAUAUGGUGAAAAAGAUUACAUGUCUUACUCGUUUCCUUUAUGCGAAAGCUAGCAUCAAUUUAACUGCUAGUUUAGAACAGGUUUACAAGUUAGGGAUUAAUGCACUCAAGUCUGCUUGUAUGGUAUUAACAGAAUCUAUUUUAUUACUAGAAAUGAUAGCAAUAUGCAUUUGGUUGAUAAAAGUUAAGUGCUAAAUUCGCCUUUCUCCCUGGCCAGAGCUACCAAGUUCAUUUUAAAGAGUUUCCUUGUUAAAUCUGAGUUGGUGAUGAUGACUAAAGAUGAAAAUGAUCCUAAAUAAACAACAAAACUUUGCAAAUUGGGGGAGGGUGGAAAGCAAUUAAUUUAAAUUUUCUUAACAAUAAAGUUGCUGGAAAUCAUAUUGACAACGUUGGCAAGGGAUUUAGCUUUAAAUACUUGAAGUACAAUAGAUGCAGAGGAUGUGAUUGCUUUAAGGAUUCUAAUAUACAAAUAUUAACCAACCAUUCUAUAAUGUGGAUAGAAGGGAUGGAUGCAACUGAGCACAACAUUUCUGAAGACAUCCUUGGUGGUGCUUUUUUGGCCUGGGUAUACCAACCAAACGACUUGAAUGGUUUGUGUAUGUGGGUUUGUGUUGCAGAUAUAUUUAUAUUCAGGGAUAUGUAGGAGACUGUCCUGGAUUAGAGAAGGCAUUAAGGUGAUUUACUUUUUUGCCUUUUAUGAGAAUAGCUUUGUUACUGUUCUGUGGCCUGGAGAUGCAAAAACUUACCAUAGCUUGACACGAACACAAGUGGAUAACAACUGCUGGAAUAUUUGAUUGUCAGUAGACAACAUGCACCAUAACAUGUCAAUGAGGGGAAACAAAGUUGCAUAUUAGCUUCAGCUUCACAACAAGAUAAAGCAUUGGCACAUAAUGAUCUCAUCCUUCUUGAAUACCAACCAACAUUACGAUCUCACCAUUAAAGCAUUUAGCUAUUUCUUUCAUAUUUUCAGGGCCCUGGCCUCAGUCUGUAAGGAAAUCCAUCUCACCAUUUGUCCUAAACUUGCCCUUCACAACCCUGUUCCCAACCAUAUCUGAAAUGAACUUUUUUUUUUGCCAAAGCCUCAUUUAUCUUACAGCAUUGCCUCUGGCACAGCAAGCUUACAAUACAAAAUUACAUUUGUAUAGCGCCUUUCAUGCUGGGAGGACGUCCCAAGGCGCUUAAAAUAGCAUCUGCAAGCGUGCUGGUUGUUACGUUUUCUGGGCAAGCUUAAGUGUACUAAACUUCCCAGGAAAUUGGAAAAAGGAUCCAGAAGAUAAGGCAACAUGUUGGUUAGCUGUACAUGAACAAGUUUGUACAUGUGCAGUUGCUUCCACAUUGUCAUCUUUGCCUUGAAAUCCAAUCCUCUAAUAGCAAAUGGGGUGUGCGGGCUUGUUGUAAUGUUCUAUUAAUUUCAGUUUUUACUACUUACCUUCAUAGACAGUUUAUCAAUCUUUACAUGCCUAGUUGCGUCACCUUUAGUUGGUGAGGUUUGCUUGUCUAAAUUCCCAGCUACCUAAAGCUUUUUUAAGAAUAUUACUGCCACAGUCAAAUCUGACCAAUGAUAAAAGGUAAGCCAGUCUAAUUUAGGCUGAUCAAACAUUUGUGACUGGAUAGGCUUCAAUAGACUCGGCAGCUCACAAGGUUCUUCUGGAUGUAUGCUCAUCACAAUUGCUGAAUACAAUCUUACGGCUUAUCUAUUAUAGAAGCUAACGCAUAUUGUAACUUCAGUAUAAUUUGAAUAUAAACUUAGUGUAGUGAAUCAUUAUCAGACUUGAGUUUCAAGGUUUUCAUUGGUUUUAUUUAAUUGAUUUUCAGGCACUCAUACCACUAAUUGUUACUCUGGUUUUAAUUUCUUGCCUGUAAUCACUAUGCUUGAGAAUAUUUGCAAGGCCCUUUGCGACCAAGAAAGGCAAAUCAUGAAGUUCCACCAAUCUGUUGUAAUGGACUUCACUCCAUACUUAGGUCAUGUAUCAGAAGGACAUCAAAUGUAGCAACAUAUUUUUAUAGUGCUACACACAUUAUACAGAUUAAAGGGUUGCAGGGAUUUUAUUUUUUAAAAAUGCACUUUAACCCCUUUAUAGAAGACUGAGAGGUGACAAUUCAAAACACAGUUGCUUAGAACGAAUCUGUGCCCUAGGCUACAAAACAGGGAGUUUUUGCUGAUGAUUUUUACAUGGUUGAAGGAGCUAUACUUAAAUACAGGAAUUGAGCACUGCCCGUUAGAACUACAUAGGUUUGUAGAUUUCGCACUGAGAAAGGUGCUAUCAUCCAAACCUUUCUUUGGGAAGAAGCUUUUUUGGUGAUCAAAAUAUAUAAACUAAAUAUGGUUACAAAGUGAACCCCAUAGCUUUUCAGGUUAUGUUUACAUAACAAUAGAGUGCUUUGAGUACAAAUCUUAUGAUUGAUGUAUAAAUUUGACAAAGCAGAAAUAUUGAUUUGUUUACCUCCUAAUGAGCCAAGCAACAUUAAAUGUUUCAUUUAACUCCUGUUAUUGUGUCUUGAACACAGACAGGUGGCCCCUUUGCCUCUUUCUUAUAGAGAGAUUGUUGCUCAGCCUUUGCCAAGAAUGCAUCUUCAUAGAGGAGAAUGGAUUGUUCACUUAGAUACCGAUUGCUAUUUACGUCAAAGUAUACUAUUGCACUGUGUUUACAAAGUGCUGAGGUAACAUUCUUCUACAUUCACCACCAUGCCAACUGCCAUAGAAUAUGCAACAAUUAAGAUUAAGUUUGUACCAAAGCACUGGACAGAAAUUAACCAUUUUCCAGUCAUUUUUUUCAGAAAACCUAGCUAUGACAGAAUUAGUUACAUUCAAAGAGCAUCGGCUACACAGAUUAAGUAAUUUUAUCUCCUAUUUCAUGGCCACCAUAGAAUUGCACCAUAAAUUGUUCUACACCAAACAAACUGUUUAAUUUAGGGACGGUAGUAAUAUUGGUACAGUAUUUGCAACUUUUAAAGAAGGCAAAUUGAAGUUAUCAAAGCCAAACUAAAUUGUACAGAUUUUGGAUUACUCAUUUACUUAGUAAUGAUUAUUUACAGAGGGUAGUGAAUGUGUGAUACUGUAUGGUGAGCUUGCACGCACCUUUCCCCUCUCCUCCCCCCCACCCUCCCCACCUUAAUUUGUGUGCUGUCCUAUGCAAAAGAAAUUCGAGCCAAAAUAGCUGAAGAUGCUGCCUUAUAGCAUUUGCCACAUUCCUCAGAGUGGAAAUAAUUUGGGAGUGGAAAUAAUAGUAGCGUUUCCACAAAUGACUGUUGAAAUUAGGUUUUCCAGGUCUUUAAUAAUAAAAAUAAUCCUUGCAUAUAUCACAUCGUCAAGACGUCU